GCGGCGCGGCCGUAAAGCGCCGUUACGCAGCGAGAAAGUUACGACGUCCUUGGUUGCGGUUCCCCCGGUAGCUGGCGCUGUGCGUCACGUGCUGGUUUGGAUUUUUCUCGAUGCCUGGGUAAAGCCCCGGACUCUUAGCGUGGGAGGGCUUUUGAUCUGUGAUUUAUAGGUAGGCACAGCUACUCCAGUUCGGGAACCCAACGGCAGCCGGGUCCUAGUGCCCACUAGAUACGGGGGGCCGGGACUCGGAGCUGUGGGUUGUGGGGAGGUGGAGGCACCAACUAAGAGCAACCUAGCAUCGUGAAGCCGCCCUCGGGGCGCUGAUGGCCGGACGCCUCCUGGGAAGGGCUUUAGCUGCAGUGUCUCUCUCUGUGGCCUUGGCCUCUGUGACCGUCAGGUCCCCCGUCUGCCGCGGCAUCCCUGCGUUCAGAAACUCGUUUUCAUCUUGUUGGUUUCAUCUUAAUACCAACGUCAUGUCUGGUUCUAAUGGUUCCAAAGAGAAUUCCCACAAUAAGGCUCGGACGUCUCCUUACCCAGGUUCAAAAGUUGAACGAAGCCAGGUUCCUAAUGAGAAGGUGGGCUGGCUUGUUGAGUGGCAGGACUAUAACCCUGUGGAAUACACUGCAGUCUCUGUCUUGGCUGGACCCAGGUGGGCAGAUCCUCAGAUCAGUGAAAGUAAUUUUUCUCCCAAAUUUAACGAAAAAGAUGGGCAUGUUGAGAGAAAGAGCAAGAAUGGCCUGUAUGAGAUUGAAAAUGGAAGACCAAGAAAUCCUGCAGGACGGACCGGACUGGUUGGCCGGGGGCUUUUGGGGCGAUGGGGCCCAAAUCAUGCUGCAGAUCCCAUUAUAACCAGAUGGAAAAAGGAUAGCAGUGGAAAUAAAAUCAUGCAUCCUGUUUCUGGGAAACACAUCUUACAGUUUGUUGCAAUAAAAAGGAAAGACUGUGGAGAAUGGGCAAUCCCAGGGGGGAUGGUGGACCCAGGAGAAAAGAUUAGUGCCACACUGAAAAGAGAAUUUGGUGAGGAAGCUCUCAACUCCUUACAGAAAACCAGCGCUGAAAAGAGAGAAAUAGAGGAAAAGUUGCACAAACUCUUCAGCCAAGACCACCUAGUGAUAUAUAAGGGAUAUGUUGAUGAUCCUCGAAACACCGAUAAUGCAUGGAUGGAGACAGAAGCUGUGAACUACCAUGACGAAACAGGUGAGAUAAUGGAUAAUCUUACUCUAGAAGCUGGAGAUGAUGCUGGAAAAGUGAAAUGGGUGGACAUCAAUGAUAAACUGAAGCUUUACGCCAGUCAUUUUCAAUUCAUCAAACUUGUGGCUGAGAAACGAGAUGCACACUGGAGCGAGGACUCUGAAGCUGACUGCCAUGGGUUAUAGCUGAUGGUCUCCGUGUAAGCCAAAGGCCCACAGAGGAGCGUAUACUGAAAAGAAGGCAGUAUCACAGAAUUUGUACUAUAAAAAGGGUAGGGUAGGCCACUUGGCCUAUUUACUUUCAAAAUGAUUUGGAUUUAAAGUGUUUCACAUCAGAAUAAAAUGAGUAAGAUGAACUAGAACAACAUUUUCAGCUUUUUGGUCAAAAGGACUAUAAGUAGUCGUAUUUGGUAUGUAUUUAAGCAUGACUUAAAUGAAAUGUAAACAACUAAUGCUCUUUGAAGAAUCAUAAUCAGAAUAAAGGUAAAUUCUUGAUCAGCU